AUGUCUUCAGAAAAACUCAUAACUUUCAAGACUAGCGAUGGUGAGGAAUUCAAACACACUGAGGUUGUAGCUAUGAGGUCAGAAGUCAUCAAGAACAUGGUACAAAACGUUGAUUGUGUUACAAAAGAACAGUUAAAGAGUUUUGAUCAGGAUUUCUUGAAGAUGAGCCAAUUAGAAUUAGUUGGUGUUCUCUUGGCUGCAAAUUUUUUUGAUGAUAAGCAAUUGACUGAGGUAGUAAUCCAAGAAUUUGCUAAUAGGAUCAAAGGGAAACCAAUAGAGGAAAUACGUGAAGUAUUUGGUAUCGCGAAUGAUUAUACUCCAGUGGAAGAGGAGGAGAUCCGUAGAGAGAAUGCUUGGGAUUUUGAAUGA